AUGGCGAGCAAGGAGGACAGUGAUGCAGGAGUUCCAAUGACAGAGUUACAUUGUAAAGGAGGAGACAGACGUGAGCCCACACCACAGAGAGAAUCAUGGAGCAGACAUCUGGACUACAUGCUGACAAUGGUUGGCUACUGUGUUGCAUUAGGGAAUAUACUGAGGUUCCCCUACAUCUGUAACAGGAACGGUGGAGGAGCAUUCCUCAUACCCUUCGUCUUAAUCCUGGUCACCACCGGGUUCCCAUCAUUCUUUGUGGAGGCGACCAUCUCUCAGUAUUCGGGAAAGGCUGCCAAACAAGUCUGGAGCUUCUGUCCCAUGUUUAAAGGAGUUGGUGUUGGCGCUGUUGUUGUUGCAUUUGCAUACAUGCCCUAUUACAACCUGUAUCUGGCCUGGCCCAUCUACUACAUGGUGAAGUCCUGCUCAAGCGUCCUGCCCUGGACAACUUGUGGCAACAGCUGGAACACUGACCUGUGUAUUGACUACGUGAAUACAACGUACAGCAGUAACAAGACAGCCCAUGCAAGGAAUACGUCAUAUACCAUCACCAAAUCUGAAAAGUGGGAAAAUGUGACUCUAGCUCACACACCUGCGGAGGAGUUUUGGCACUACAAUGUCCUUGGUGUCUCAACAGGCUUGGAGGAUGUGGGGUCUCUGCAGUGGCACACAGCUGUGUACGUGAUCGCGCUGCUGCCGUACGUCCUCCUCAUCUCCAUCUGCAUCACAACGCUGCUGCAACCAGGUGCUCUAAAUGGCGUGCAUUACUUUUUCAUACCUGACUUCAACAAACUACUUGAUAUACAG